UACAAAAUUCAAUAUUCUUUAACGAAUCAUCUUUUAAUCUCACUUCAUGAAGAAUCACUCCGGAAAAAAUUAAGAGAGAUUUAAUCUCAGAAACUUGCUUAUAAAAAACGUUACUUGCUCUAAGUCGUUUUUAUUGGUUUGGCGGGGGGCGACUAGCUAAGAUUCGAUCCUCGAAACUUGCCAAGUACCACUUUGACGCUUACCAUAUUCUGGGUUGGAUUCUGACAUGGCCCUCCGGUUCCAUCGGCGUACAGUGUAAUCAAAACCCAGAAAACCUUCCAAAGCUCAGCACAUUCCAAUUCCAAACACCAAAGUAAAGAUGGGAGGAGCAGUAUUCAGAUGGGUGAUGCAGCUUCACAAAGAUGUGCCCAAAGCUGCCAAUUUUUACUCUCAAGGCUUGGGUUUCACUGUCAAUGUAUGUACUCCUCGUUGGGCUGAGCUUCAUUCUGAUUCCUUCAAGCUUGCUUUGUUGCACUCUUCUAGUGAGCACGUUCAAAAGGGAUACUCGUCUCUCCUGUCCUUCACAGUGACCGACAUCAACUACACCGUCAUGAAACUUAUAGAACUCGGAGCAGAGCUAGAUGGCCCCAUCAAACAUGAAAUUCAUGGAAAGGUCGCAGCCCUGCGCUGUCUUGAUGGCCACGUAGUGGGACUUCAUGAACCGUCAUGAAACAAGCAAAACACAAUUGAUCGCACGUUGAAACGUUCUUUCCACGAGAUUUAUGGAGUAUUCUACGCCGUGUCAAGUGUGGAGGUAAUGUGCGUUCGUGAAGGGAUUUGAUCAAAAAGCUCGAAGAAGCAAAAUUUUGUUCCUCGAUGAAUUUUUCACCUCAUUUACAAACUCAAUAUGUCGCUUCUAUUUUAAGGAUUGAUUUAUGCUUGAGCCUGAAGUCGGAAUCAUCCUCGAAGAAUCACAAUUGUUUAUAACUCCUUCGAGAAUGUCAACCUUCAAACGUGCAUGAUUUAACGACCCAUGAGUAUGGACUGCACAACCGAAUGCUUUCGAUUUGGCUCGUUAAUGAUCUCUCGAUCUUGCUCAUAAUAUGUGUCUCGCUCUCGAGUGUGUGUGUCAUUCAUGUCACAUGCUCUUUCGCAUGAGUGUGCAUUACACGCAUUAUACGUUUGGGGCUACGGGCUACCAAUAUCAUAAUCCGUUUCAAAUAUAAAUCUCGAUUUUCAAA